AUGGGUUGGUGGAAAGCUGACCCAGUACCUGCGACUGAAUCCCCGACACAACAACCCUCGUUUUCGCCUCCCGCUCAACCCGCCGCUCGUCCUGUGGCGCCCACCUCCACCUCCGACGAGUCGGCCUGCCCAGUAGACCCGAAGACCCGAGCGUUGUGGCUACAACAAGCGCAAGCAAAAGCGCAAUCACAGGCUCAAGAGAAGACCACCCUGCCACCCAAUCAUCCCCCGCUCCCUCCAACCGCCAAUGCCUCCCUCGCCUCCAAAGAAUGCUCCUCAACUCGUAUAACCGGCCAGACUGCGGCACCUCCAGCACCGACCUCCAACUUCAAGACACCCCGCCCACUAUCUCAGGAGCGAGAGGUCUCCUCAAUACCCCGGUCCUCAGCCACGGGAACAACUGCUCUGCCCGCCAACAACGAAUCCGAAACCGGCCGCCACUCCUCCGGCAACUGGAUCUACCCGUCGGAAUCCCAAUUCUUCAACGCCGUCAUGCAGAAGCAAACCGCCUCCGACCCCUCCGCACUGCUUUCGUCCAUCGGCCACAUCAUCCCCAUUCACAAUGCAGUCAACGAGCGCGCUUGGACGCUCAUCAGGUCUUGGGAAGGCGGCGCCUCGGACUCUUGCGGCGGGCCGAAGCUGGCCAGCUUUGCGGGCAAGGGGGCUGGUGCGAGCACCCCUCGAGCCAAGUGGAAUACGUGGGUGAUGGGCAAAUUGGAACCUUUUGACCGCCAUGAUUGGGUGGUGGAGCGAUGUGAUGGGCAAAUGGUGGAAUAUGUCAUUGACUUCUACCAAGGCAAAGGCAGCACCGGCAAUCCCAAUGAUCAGAAUGUCAACUUCUUCCUGGACGUGCGCCCUAAGCUGAAUAGCUUUGAGGGCGUACGCAUGCGUGCCGAGAGGAUGUUGGGGCAGCGGUAG